GGGGAGGAUACGCCCCCUCCCCUGUUCCCAGUCAGCUUUUAUCACUCGCUUCACAACCCAACUGUUCCCUCGCUCCGGACUGCCGUUGCUGCUUGAAGCCCCGCCCACCGCUCGUGAGGAAACGGUUCGCGGCGGCCGUUGGCGGCGCGGCGUCGCUCGGCGGGAGGUUUCUAGGCUUCGGGUCGGCCCUGUGGCGUGAGGGAGUCGGCAGCGUGAGACUUAGAUUUGAGCCGCAGCAUUGCCUUUGCGCACGUGUGGUUUGGAAAGACAUUGACAAGCAUGGCAUUCGCCAAGAAGAGAAAAGUAGAUUCAGAGUGUCGUGUUAUUCAAGAAAAAUGGAAAAAUCUUUAUUUUUCUGUGGAAUGCAAUGGGAAACCAACUUGUUUGAUUUGUUCAAAGCAGAUAUCUGUUCCUAAAGACUACAACGUUCGGCGGCACUAUGAAAGUUGUCAUGCUAAGAAGUAUGAUAAGUACAAUGGAAAAUUCCGUGAGGAAAAAGUUGCUGAAUUGGAGGAGUCAUUAAAAAAAGUUGCUGAAUUGGAGCAGUCAUUAGAAGAACAACAAUCACCUUCUAAAAAGUUGCAUCAAGCCAGUGAAGCUGCAGUUAAGGCAAGCUAUCUGAUAGCACACGAACUAGGUGUGUCAUCCAAACCCUUUUCAGAAGGGGAGUUUAUUAAAAAGUGUAUGACCAUAGCCGCAGAAGCAGUCUGUCCAGAUCAGAAGCAGGCUUUUGCAAAUAUAAGUCUCUCAAGAAACACGAUAGCAGAGAGGAUUUGUGACAUGUCUGAGAAUCUUCGUAAGCAACUUACAGAAAAGGCCAAGUCCUUUACUGCAUUUUCAGUUGCUGUAGCUGAAAACACAGAUGUUACUGAUUUAGCACAGCUUGCGAUCUUUAUUCGUGGAGUUGAUGAAGAGAUGCAUGUUACAGAAGAAUUUGUAGAAAUCAUUCCAAUGAAAGACACGACCACAGAUGAUGACAUCUUCAGAAAUCUUGUAGGAGCUCUGGAUAAAAUGGGUGUUGACUGGGCAAAAGCAGUGAGUCUGGCCACAGAUGGAGCCCCACAGAUUAUAGGGAAAAUAGCUGGAGUUGCUGCAAAACUCAAAGAAAAAUUGCUAGCUGCAGACCCACAACAUCAGUUUUUCAAUUUCCAUUACAUUUUACACCAGGAAACUCUGUUCAGUAAAACCUUGGAGAUGGAUAAUGUGAUGAGUGUGGUCAUAAAAACUGUUAAUUUUAUACGAGCCAGAGGUCUCAACCUUAGGCAAUUUAACAGUCUUCUGGAGGAAAGCAUGAUCAGACGUGGGGUACCAUAUGACUCUGAAGUGCGAUGGUUAAGUGGUGACGCUGUACUGAAACACUUCUACGAACUACGAAUUGAAAUACAGGUAUUUAUGGAUAUGAAAGGGAAAGCUGUUCCUGAAUUACAAGAUAAUGAAUGGCUUCAAGACCUUGCUUUUAUGGUGGAUAUUACGGAACACCUGAAUUGUCUCAAUGCAAAGAUGCAGAGUCGCAGCAAUAUUGUAACAGAGUUCUAUGAUGGCAUUUGUGCUUUUGAGAUGAAGCUUCAGCUUUGGGAAAUGCAACUUCAAGAAAAUAAUUUGGCACAUUUUCCCACCCUGAAAUCUUUGUCCGAUGCUCCUAUAUACACAGAGAAGUACUGGAGCAAAAUUUCUGACCUUAAAGAUGAAUUCCAAGAAAGAUUUUCUGACUUCAGAAACCUAGACAAAGAUUUUGGAAUUUUCAGUAAACCGUUUUCUGUGGAUGUGCAUGAGGUUCCAGAGGAGCUCCAGAUGGAAAUAAUUGAUCUGCGGUCUGAAGUUGAACUGAAGGAUAAGUUUUCUGACGUUGGUCUUACCAAAUUUUAUCAGUUUUUGGGUCCAAAUUAUCCCCAGCUUAAGGCUUUUGCUUCUAAAAUUCUGUCUAUGUUUGGGACAAUGCACAUCUGUGAACAGCUCUUUUCUGUAAUGAAUGUGAAUAAAUCAAAAAUACGUUCUCAACUUACAGAUACACGCCUAAACAGCAUACUCAAGAUUGCUACAGCACAGACCCUGACUCCAGAUUUAGAUGCGAUAAUUCAGAGCAAAAGGUGUCAGUUAUCAAAGACUGCAAAUAAAGGAAAUACUGCUUAGAAUUUUAGUGUUUUAAAGCAUGUUUGUAAUUUCAGUAAAAAUAAUGUUAAAUGGCUUUCCUUGUGUUCUUUAUAAAGAUUAUGUCUCUGGUAAUGGAAUGGUCUGUUCCCCUUCUGAUAUCUGUGAGAGUUUGGUCUUAUUGGGUGGAGCUUUUGUUUCAGUUUUCACUUUUGUAUGUUAGCUGUAGUUGUUGGUUAUGGGAGUUGUCCCCUUGCAAAUACAUGACUGACAUUUUGACCCAGCUUGUCUCUGCUGAAAUGGACUUGAGAACAGGUGCCUGAAUGAAUACUCUAACCUGGGAACCCACUGCCAAAGGGGGACAUUACUUGGAGAGCCCCUACCACUCUGAGUAGGCCUGGGGCAGAGGAGAGGUUUGCAAUGGCUAACCAUUUCAUAUUUUCCUAGGCUCUGAGCAUUUAUAUUUUUAGCUUCUGCUGUCCUUUGCUUUUUCUUGAUGGGUUAUUUGAAAAAUAUUGCAUUGCCAAAUCCCACUAUUUUCCCACCUUUCCAUUUUAGGCAGGCAUCUUUUAAGGAUGGUGGGGAAGCUAGGGAGGUGUCAGAUAUCAAGGACUAUUAAAUAAACAAAAUAUUGCUAUGUGUUACUGUUUUAAGCAUGUUUGUAUUUUAAGUAAAAAAAUAAUGUCCUCAA